AAAAAAAGAUUAUGGCGAUUCAAUUCGACGAAGAUACCUCCGUGUUAUCGAAUUCAUCCCGAAGGAAGAGCUCAUACCUUUCUCGAUCUUUAAAUAGAAAGAUUGCCCACAGUAGCUUCUGCUCAAUAGCCAUGGAGUUUUAGCUUCUGCUCUCUAAAACAUGAGCUGCAUGUGGAGAGAGAUACAAGGUCAUGGUUACAAGUCAAGCGGUUAUGAUAGCCUAUCCGAAGUUCAUAUUUUUGUAUGGAGAAAGAUUUUUUUUUUUUUUUUGAUAACAAACUGAAUUAUAUUAAAUCACUGGAAAGAGCAUUACACAGGAAAGACGAGGGGAAAGCAACCACUCCGUGCGUUCAGACAUAGAAACGGACUCCCUUGCUAAGAGGUGGGUCGUCUGAUUCGCAGAACGCUUAACAAAAGAGAUACAACUAUGAGCAAAAGAGCUCAACGAAUCUUUUACAUCGGCUAAGAGAAGAUCAAACGACGAGACAGUAGCUUGAGAAGAAAGACCUUGGACAACCAACAAUGAGUCUGUCUCAACAUGCAAGAACUCCAGGUUAUUUCUUUUAGACCAACUGAGAGCCUCUCUAAUGGCAAGUGCUUCAGCUUCCCUUGGGGAGAACAAGCCAUUCCACGGGUAACAUGGAGGUAUCUUGGGGUGCUAUGAGCCUGCGUAUGAUGUGUAUUUGAUUCAUCCACAGAGCAUUGUUCCCAGUCCCUUAAAAAUGAUCUUGAGUUCUCCACAAUGGAUCUGGCGGACGUGUUGAUUCAAGCUCAUGAUCCAAAUUAAGUUGGAUAAUGUUCUACCCAUGGUUGAAAAAAUUGUUAGGUGCCGAUCGGGCGCCUAGGGGAUUAAUAGUUGCAGCCAGUGUAUUUUUAUUUUUAAGAGGCAAUAUCAACUAUGGCGGGAGAUCAACACGGCUUCCGCUAUCAUACGAGAAUUGCUUUGAGCAUCUCAACAAUAUCAAUGGCGACCGUCUACGGUGAUCUGUUAGGCGGCGCUAGUCUAGUAAAUGAAAUCCGUGGAUAUCCAUCCGGAGGCAAGCCGAUCCAUAAUGCAGCUCACCUUCAAUCCUACACUGCAGCUCAAGGAAGAUCACCGCUGCCUGAGAGCAUUACUGGGAAUGGGGGGUGGAGAUUUAAGGUGAGGAGCUUGAGCAGCUCCAAGCAAUAUUUCUUACUCGAUCUCCACCUUCCUACCAUGGAUGGGUUGAAGUCAGAAAUCAAGAUGAGAAACAAAUGGCUGGAUGUUGAUGGUCUUAAGUUUACUUACAAUGAUCAAGAAGGGCACGAAAUCAUUCUAGCAUGUGAUGAAGAUUUGCGUUUGUGCUUUAACUGUUUCAGAGCUAAGGGCCAAGGCAUCAUGAUCAAAAUGGCGCUCUUAUCUUAACUAGCUUGAAGAUGAUCAAGUUGAAUUAAACCAUUGGGUAGGUGCAUGUGUAAUAAUUAGAGUAGUCCUACUUUAGUUUAAUUUAGAGUCAGUCCUCGUUGGCGUCUAGCGUCUUGUAAAUAUUUCCUAAAUGUAUUCUCUGUACU